ACCAAUAGAGAAAACAAAACAAACAAGAGACAAACUCCAAACCCAAAAACAAGAAUAACAAAGAGCUGUUUGUACUUAUAAAGAAGGCAGUGUCUAAAGAAAAAUGGGAAUCAUAGUUCCAGUUUUGACUCUUGUUUUCCUCUUACUUGCUACAGUGAGCCAUGCAGCCUCCAAACCGAGGGAGAUUCUGGUCGGUGGAUCUGUGGGGUCGUGGAAGGUUCCAGAUUGUCCCAACAACACUCUCAACCACUGGGCCGAGAGCAAUCGUUUCAAAGUCGGCGACAUUCUCGUGUGGAAAUACGACGUGAAAGUAGAUUCGGUGUUACAAGUGACAAAGGAAGAUUACGAGAGCUGUAACACAGCAAAACCCUUGAAGCAAUACAAUGAUAGAGAGACAAAGUUCGAACUUGAGAAAUCAGGAGCUUACUUCUUCAUAAGUGGUGCUCCUGGAAACUGUGCUAAAGGUGAAAAGGUUACUAUCGUUGUUUUGUCUGAACGCAAACCUGGUGGCGACAACAAUUAUCCUAAGGUUUCUCCUGUUAGUCCUCCGGCUACAACUCCAGCUCCAGCUGCUGCUCAUAACGCUGCGACUGGCUUGAACGUUGGAAGCGGUUUGACCUUCUUGACCGCGGUUGCGAUUGGUUUGGCUAUGGCUUAGAGAGGACUGGUCGAGAGAAUGUAGUUCUUAUCGUUUUCAUUUUGUUUAGCAAGAUUUAGUUUUUCUUUAUUCCCAGAGUGUUUUAAGUUUCUUCCAAUUCCUUUAGUUUUCAACAUAAGAGAUCUAUCUCUUCUGUUUUGUUGUUAUGUAUUUUGAGAUAUUCACUCUCAAAACUUUAUU